GUUGUUAGGUGAACGCCAAUACCUCAAGAUUCCAGUGUAGGACUAAGCGACAAGUUUAAGUUCUUUACAAUGUUAUCAGUUCAUUUGUGUAACGUGUGAGAUUAUUUAUUUUACAAAACAAUAAACUAAAAUGUCUGAUUUAAUUAAAGAGCCUAAGAAAACGUCAUCCCUUGAAGCAGAACUAUAUUAUCUCAUCGCAAAUUUUCUAAAUUCUGGGCCAUGCAAAAGAAGUGCAGAGAUUCUUCGGCAAGAGAUCGAGAAGUACCAGCUUAUGCCAUGUCGUAUAGAUUGGUUGGGACGCAGUCAUCAAAGAAGUUUUGAAGAUUUGGAACAAAACCAUCCUCAUAUAUCACACGAUCAUCUCCUAAAAAUAUGCUCUCGACUUGGUCCAGUGUUAGACAAGGAGGUACCAUCCAGUGUACCAGGUGUUCAGACUCUGUUAGGUGCUGGGAGACAGUCUAUGUUAAGAACAAAGCAGAAUGUUCUGACACCAAAAUGGAAAGUUUCAGAGAUGACAUCUUGCCACCAUGGACGUCCUUUUUUACCUCCUCAUUAUGCAGAAUCGUCUUACCCUCCAAACAUAGUUUAUGGAUUGUAUACACGAGAAGCAAAUGGAUCUAUGAAAUGUCACCAUCUUGCUUCAUCCAGAAUAUAUUCGAAACAGCAGUUGUAUCGUCGCAUGCUAGGACAUUUGUCAUCAGUAUACUGUGUUCUGUUUGAUAGAACAGGAAAAUACAUUUUUACAGGAGCAGAUGAUACACUUGUAAAAAUUUGGAGUUCUUGGGAUGGUCGAUUACUGUCAUCUCUCAGAGGUCAUUCAGCUGAAAUCACAGAUAUGGCAAUCACUUAUGAUAAUAGCCUUCUUGCAGCAAGCAGUGUAGAUAAAAUGAUACGUGUCUGGUGUCUAAAAACUACUGCACCUGUUGCAGUACUUACUGGUCACACAGGAAUGGUGACCUCUUUACAGUUUUGUCCUUACCCUAAAGGAAGUCUCCACUACUUAAUAUCUACAGGUAAUGAUGGAUGUGUGUGUUUUUGGCAGUGGAACACAAACACAACUAAUGUCUUCAACCCUAAACCUCUCAAGUUCACAGAGCGAAAUAGAGCUGGAGCCCAGAUGAUUUGUUCUUCUUUUAGUUCAGGUGGUGUUUUCUUAGCAACAGGAAGUACAGACCAUCAUGUUCGGGUGUAUAACAUUCUUGGAAAUGGUGAUCCUGAGAAAAUUAUGGAAUUAGAAGGCCAUUCAGAUCGAGUUGACAGUUUACAGUUUAGCAACAAAAGCUCUAGAUUUAUUAGUGGAAGUAAAGAUGGCACAGCUCGCAUAUGGUGGUAUGAACGACAAAAAUGGAAUACCAUUUGCUUGAAAAUGACAACUAAGCUUCCAGGUUUUCCUACUGAUGAAGGAGAAGAUAUAAAGUUAAAAUUGAGAGUUACAAUGGUUGGAUGGAGUCUUGAUGAUUCUUUAGUCAUUACUGCAGUGAGUGAUCACUCAAUCAAGGUUUGGGAGUCUCAAACUGGUACUUUGAAGCAUGUACUUGAUUGUCAUGAAGAUGAAGUUUUUGUCUUGGAAACACAUCCGAGGGAUCAAAGAUUAAUGCUGAGUGCCGGUCAUGAUGGGCGUAUUGUAUUAUGGGACAUAAUGUCUGGAAUUGCUAUCAAAAGUUUUUUCAAUACAAUUGAAAGACAAGGCCAUGGAGCUGUAUUUGAUUGUAAGUUUUCCCCAGAUGGUCUAAUGUUUGCUUCUACAGACUCCCAUGGGCAUCUAAGCAUAUUUGGGCUUGGUUCAAGUGAACGAUAUAAGAAGGUGCCAGAAGAACAGUUUUUUCACACUGACUAUCGUCCACUUAUUCGAGAUACUAAUCAACAUGUACUCGAUGAGCAGACCCAGUGUGCUCCACAUUUGAUGCCACCUCCUUUUCUUGUUGAUAUUGAUGGAAAUCCUUACCCUCCAAAUUUGCAGAGACUUGUACCUGGAAGAGAGAACUGUAAUGAGUCACAGCUUAUCCCCUACAUUGCUGUUUCAGCAGAGGGACAAGCAGAAAUACUGGAACCAAUAAGGCCAGUGGAAGCUGAUCAACAACGCCCAACCAUUGAUGACAUGAUUGAAAGACUUCAACAAGAACAGAACAGUCGUAGAGUAAAUCCCUCGAGAGCUUCAGGUGCAGCAAGAGAAAGUGAACGAAAUGUUCAGGGACCCAUUUCACCUCGCGUGCUUGGCGGCCAAAGAUCAUUAUCUGGUCAUAGUCGGGUUGGUAUGAGACGUAACGGAGACAUUGAAGGAGUUAGACAGUCUAGUGGUAAUUGGCAGUCUCGUGGUCAAUUUUCUGGUUCACUUUCGUGGCUAAAGAGGGUAGUGGUCAAGCCUAUGUGCCCCCCUCAAAUCAGGGAAGAGGAGAGAUUCAGACAAAUGUUAGCUGAUCAGGAACUGUCACACUUCAAUGGUGAAAAGAGAAAGAAGCCAAUAAGUGAAACAAAAGAGGAAGAAACCGAUAGCGUUAAAUUGAAAAGUCAACGCUGUGGUACUCGUAAGCAACAGCAACAACAAAAUAUGAGGACAAGACUGGAACAGAACAUCAGCUACUCAGAGUCAUCAGACAGUAGUGAUAUAGAAAGGAGAAACUGGAGAGAUAGUUCUAGUGAAGAGGCUGGAAGUGAAUCAGAAGAGUAUUCAGACUGGACUGCUGAUGCUGGAGUGAGCUUAGACUCUUUCAAGAAGAAAUCCAAAUCAGGAAAACACCGAGCUGGUGAGGAAGAUCAUAAAGGAGAAGAAUCACAAACCAGAGAUGAAGAUGAAAAAAAAACUUGCAUGAAAAAACAGAACAAACGAAAGAACAGAAGAAUAAAGGAAGUUCCUGAUGAGUACAAGCCACCGGAAUGGCUCACCCAUGUAGUGCCCCAGAAGAACCCAUAUGUCCCUCAAGUAGGAGAUGAGGUGCUCUAUUUUUGGCAGGGACAUGAGAUUUACUUGAAAGCUGUCAAGAAAACAAAGAUAUAUGAUGUUAGUUUGAAGUCUCAACCUUUUAGGAAACUCAGAUUGCGCGAACAAGAACUAGUUCGUAUAGAAGAUAUAGAGUUUGAAAUUCUUCCUCCACGUUUGUGUCAUCUAAGGUUGGCCAUGAUUGAUCCAGAAACAGGGGAUUGUACAGGGGAUAGCUUUACUUUAAAAUAUCAUAAUAUGGACAGUGUUCCUGACUUUUUAGUGUUGCGUUACUACUACAAUGUGGCCAUGGAUCAACACUGGAAGGCUGGAGAUCGCUUUAGAUGUAUGAAAAAUAAUACUUGGCAGCUUGGAACAAUUGAUCAUCAAGAACCUUUACAAGAAGAGUAUCCUGACUGCAUGUUUCAAUGUUUUUUUGUUAAAUUGGACAAUCAAGAGAUGGAGAGGUUGAGCCCUUGGGACUUAGAACCUCUGAUUCAUAAUUGGCUACGUGACAGACAUGGGCAAAAUAUGGGUGUUGCUGAAAACGAGCAAAUCGGUACUAGGUAUUCUCCCAAACCAUCUGAAUGGCCUAAAUGUGGACAAGAAGAAGAGUGCAGCAGGUUAGCACGAGGUCUUGAGCAAAUUAUGGAAUUAGCCAUUGCAGAGCCAUUCACUGUACCUGUGGACUUGAAUCUUUACCCUGACUACGCUCUUGUUGUGGAGUAUCCAGUUGACCUCAGUACCAUUAAAGCCAGAUUGGAAAAUCAUUUCUACAGUGUUUGGGCUCCUCUUGCAUUGUCCGAACCUGUUGUUUCUGUACUCGUUACUGAUUUUAAAGAUUAUAGAGAUAUCAUUGACCAUCCAGUAGAUCUUAGCACAGUCAAAGAACGGUUACAAACGGGACAUUACAACACUCCCGUGGAGUUUUGUAAAGAUAUGAGACUCAUCUUUCAAAAUUCAAGAAACUAUAAUACUAACAAAAGAUCAAGGAUUUAUGGCAUGACAAUUCGUUUGUCAGCAAUGUUUGAAGAACACAUCAGGGCAAUCACAAGUGACUGGCGGUCAGCAGUAAAAUAUGAGGAAAAGAUGCGCAAUAAUAAGUAUGCUAGUAAUCGUAGAAAGCCCUUACCACUAGCAAUUGCUGAUUGGCUCAGUCUACCUGCAAAUCAUCCUGCUUUGAGGGCUGCCUCAUCAUCGAGUCAACAAGAACCCCUAACUGUUAGAACUAGUCACAACCGAGGGUCUGGGUCUCUGGAUGAAGCAGGUCCCAGUUCCUCAAAUGGGGGAGAAAUUUCUUCUAAAAGAAAGAAGGGAACCCUGAGCUCGAGAGAGAAUGAAAAGAGGUUUAAUGAAAACAAUCGUGUGACUUCCUUUUCCAAGACACGAGUAGUAACUAAAACCACCCAUAAAAGACACUUAGGCAUACACAUGAGUAAUGGGUUUGUAAAGAAAAGUCGAUCACUUAGAUCAUCGACUGCUACAAGCAGAAGAGAGAAUUCAAAUUCCGUGUUGGGGCCCUAUCAGCAGAAAGCUUCCAGUGGUGGUGGUGGUGACAGUAAUCGGUCUGAAGAUGAAAUAAUGUCAGCAUCUAAUAGGAAACUAAAGAACAAGAAGAACAUUAAUUUACAACCAAAUAAUGAUCACAGGUAUAAGCAAAGGUUUAUAGGAAGAUCUUCCAAGCAGAACAGCAGUAAAAGUGACUUGACUGAUGUAGUUCAUAUGAAACAUAUGCGGUGGAAAUCAACAAAACGUAAAUCUGGGAUGCGUGAAUGUUCUAAUCUUACAAUAGAAAUGAACACAGGAUAUGGAACAAAACCUAAUUAUUCUGCAUUCAAAAGCAGGUUUUUAAGAAAGAGGAAAUUUUUUUCAGAUUCAAAACCUAGCUCAGAUAUAAACACAUACCAGAAUAGGUUUUCAAAAAGAUGUUCAAAGAGAAGAACAAGCACUGUUUUUGAUGAAGCUACCCAAAGUGGUGAAGAAAAUUAUGAUGAAGUAAUUUUAAAAAGAGAUAAAAAUAUGCAAAAGAAGGUAAGAAAUUUUAGUAAUUUCUUGAAAACAGAACAAUGUGAAGAAAUGACAUCUGUAGAAGAAGAAUGUGAAGGUAAAAAGUCAAGAAACCAAAAAAGAGUUUAUUGCAAAAAACAGAAAAAUAAAAAUCUAGUAAAAAGAGAAAAGUUGAACGAAACAAUCAUAACAGAAGUUGGUUUUAGAACUGGAAAAAGGGAAAAUGUUAGAAAAUCUAAUAGGCAGCCCAUUCCUCUAGAAAAAUACUCAACAAGAAAAAAUGAGGGUAGCUCACUGUUUAGGAAUAAACUAAGAAGCUCAAGGUCUCAAAAUUCCACAAAUAAAUACACCUUUUCUGAAGAUUUAAAUGAUAAAGACAGUAGUAAUAAUAAUGAGUCUACUUCAAAUAGUUCCAAGCCCAGUGGAAGUUCUGGUAACUGUAGUGGAAGUUUAGAUUGUAAGUCUGAUUCCAAAACAAGUUGUGAAUAUCAGAAAAUUACAAGCUUUAAAGAUUUUGCUAAUGCAAGCAAGAAUGAUAUCAGACGGUCUUCACGAACUGCCACACGUAACAGCACCAAAGCUACAAGAAGUGCCUUAACCUCUAAUCAGUCUGUAGAAACACCAUCUAGACGUUCACGACGAAUGUGUAAUAAAACAGUGGACUAUCAAGAAGAGACUGAUCAAGAUUAUGUAAGUAGUCAGUCUGAUGAAAGUGAACCCUCUCAACUGCGAGAAACUCUAUCAGAGAGUAACCAUUGUCGUAUGCAUAAACUUACCAGUCACAUCAGGCCAGUGGUCGCAGAGUAAUGUUAACUCUUGUCUGUAAGAGCAAAUAACAAAUUGUUCAUCUGUGAUUAAACCAAUUCAUUUUAAUUAUCCUUCUUCAUUAAUAUUACUGAUCCAUUUCUGGUCAAGUUCCACUAAAAAAUUUUUUGAGAUAUGAAGUGAGUGGUGAAGUUACGACUGCAUGAUUCCUAUAAGGCUAUAUUGCGAAUGUACAAUUUUUUCCAUUCCUUCCAACCUGAGAAAGGUUUUAAGUACAUAUUAUAAAUCUGUUCUAUCUUAGAGUGCAAAAGAACAGAACUGUAAAAACUGGACUCAUGUUAGAAAAUUUAUAACUGUUUAGAUUUUUUUUUAGUAAAAUAAUCAGUACUUGGAAUACUUCUUAAUGAUUUUGUAUAAUUUGUAUUGUAUUGAAGUCAUCAUUGUAAAAUAAUAUUUUGUUUUGAUCUGUGUAUCUGGAUAGAGUGUGUUUACAAGUUUGGGGGUCUUGAAACCUGGAUGACAAAUAAUGAAAUAUCUCAUAUGUUAAAGUAGCUUAUGUUUUAUAUGAGACGUCUCAAAAAGUCCUGAAAAUUUGAGUUUGUUCAUGUUGUAUAUUAAUAUCAGUUAUGUUACUCUAGAUGUCCUGCUCAUUCACAGUAAGAAACUAAAAGAGCAAUCCCAUGAUGCACCACAAAUGUGAUUUUUUUUUUUUUCUCUCUCUCUUACUUUAUAGUUUUACAGUUAAUUUUUAACAAAUGAUGAUACUGCUGCAACUACUAAAACCUGAUGGUAUGGGUUUCUCUUUUAUUCAGUGUUCCAAUGCAAUUCGUGAAGAUUUAGUUAGAUUAAAAAUAUAUAUAUACUUUAAACAGUGAUCUGUGAGAAAACUUUAUAAGUGGAUUUAAUGAUGUUUGUUUCAGGGUGAGGAAAUAUUUUACAAGUAGUUAUACAGAUUUAGAUCCAUCAGGAACGAGGUGUUGGUUCCCACACUCACUGCUAAUAUUAUUGUAGUCUAGAUAUAAAAAAGUCUUUAGGAAAGUUUUGAACAUGAUGUUUUUACACGUUAUACUUAAGGGUUAAAACUAUUACUAGACUACCAGUCAUGUAGAAUGUGCCUUCCAUAUGUUUAUGAAUGUAUUCUGCAUGAAUUUAUUACUGUUUUGGCCACAGUUUAAAAUUACUGUUUCACUAACAGGUGAUCAUUUAGAGGAUUUUAUGUGCUUUUGGAAACUGUAUUUUUGGGGCCUGUUACUGUAAUUCCUUAUGUGUAAAAAUUUAGUUACUAUAUGUGGGAUAUUUUGGAAGUUGCUAAUUGUGCAUUUGAAAGCACAACGUCAAUACUGAAGGGCCUGUUAUUAUAUAUUUCCUGAAUAUUACAUCAGUAUUAAUGAAUGCAUUUUGUUAAGACUGCUUGUUGUAAUUCAAACUGGAGUAUAAUGGUAUGGUUUGUAUUGUGUAAUGCCACUAUAGAGCAUUAUGUAAUGCUUGAAUUAGAAAUUAAUGCAGGAGCUCUUUGGCAGCAGCAGUACCUGCACUAAUGUCAUUAUAACCCUUUUAGAGUUCCCGUUGUUAAAGAAAAAGCAGGUAUUUUUAACAUGCUAUAGGGUUUGUGGUGUGCUAAUGAUGCAGGCAACAAGAGACAGUUGAAAUUUUAAGCUGCUGAAGUAUGAUUUUACUCAGAAACGUAAUUUGAUGUUGAUUAAUAUGCUUUUCAAAUCUGUAUUGAUAGGUUUUGUCUAUCAGUUUUAAUACCAAAAGAGCUAUAAUAUCAUAAAAAAUAUCGAAACCCAGAGUAAUUGAUGUGUGAUUUCUAUUUUAUUGGAUGAUACUGUGUUUUGUAUGUUAAGAAACGUGUCAUAUGAAUAAGAGUUAUAGAGUAAUAAUAUGUGUAUUCUUGUAAAUCAGGAGGAACUUAAAAAUUUACCAAAUGCAAUUAUUCAAUCAAAUAGGCACAUUCACUAUACAUUUUUGUGCACUACCAUAUAACUUAAGUUUUUUUAUUUGUUUCUGAAACUAUUUUUGAAAGGAAAGUGUGCACUCUUUGUUAACAUAUAUUUCCGCUGUUUUAGUGCUUACAUGUGUAUAUGACUAAUUGUAUAUUCCUAUCUAGUAUCAAUAUACCAAAGUUAAACAUUUGAAACUACUGCUUUUGUGACGCUUCAAGUUAAUUAUAGCAUCGUGCAUUAAUAAUUGUAUAUAUUGGUUCAGGAAAGUUAUGUUCACUACAUUUCCAUUAUUAACCAAAAUUACAAGGUUUAAAUAGUUUAAUUUCCAAUAAAGGGUAACGCAAUUCGUAAAUUUUUACAGCGAGUUCACAUAAAGUCUGUAAACGUAAUUAAGGUAUUCAAAAAACCUAAUUCUUUGUAUCUUGGCGUUUUACGUCAGACAAACACAUUAAGUAAUAGUAUAUUCAUUGUUUUUUUUUUCGAUUUAACAGUAUAACUCUUGACUUUAUUUUUGUUAAGAUGCGGAUUAUAUAUUACUUAUGAGACUCUGGUUACGUGGGAACUUGAAAUUGUAAAAUGUUGAAAUAUUUUACGAAACGCUACUGUCAGUGAUUGUUGGGUUAAGUGGAGUACAUACUUGUGAUUGUAUUUUUCUUAUAAGUAGUGCGUCACUAAUACCUUAACAAAGCAUUUCUUUAACAUGACUCUGAAGUUUAUGACAAAAAUAGUGUAUUUUAUGUAUGUUUUAGUGACAUCUUGUGUCGAUUACGUCUAAAAUAAUCUUAAAAGUAAAACAAAGGUGUGAAAUAGAACCUAGAAAAACACAUAUAGCUUGCUUUACAACACGAUUGAAGAAACGCCUUAUUCUUCUAACCUGUAGGAUCUUGGGUAUAUUUAAGCGAUAAAAAUAAUUGCAACCAGUAUAUUGAGCAUUCUAAUAUUUUGCUUAUAUUUAUGCGCUGUAAAUAUCAUAAGUUGUAAAUAAAACUUCGCGUUCUUAUAAUGCAUAGCAAGUUAUAAAGAGUAAGAAGUCUACAAACAACAACAAAAAAAA